AUGUCUGCUCAACAACUUAAACCAUACAUAUUAAGCAUAUUACUAUGCUGCCUUUUCGGUGGGAAUUUUGCUGCUUUAUUGCCUGCAAAUUUUCGCAUUUGUCGACGAUCUGAUCCCAAUCUUAAUGGAUGUAUAAAAAAUUGUGUUGAAGAUUUGCGAGAUAGAAUGCCCGUUGGUAUUCCACAGCUUCAUAUACCCCCACUAGAACCGUUGCUUGUCCCAGAAGUUAAACUAGAUCAGGAUUCAGGAGCUGUAUACUUGCAUUCCACCUACAAGGACAUUGAAAUUCGCGGAUUAUCUCAGUUUGAUGUUGAAAAUGUAAUUGCAAAUAUAAAGAACAAUACGCUGACAAUGCAAUUGCGUUUUCCAAAAAUCAACUUGAAAGCAAACUAUUCUCUUAGAGGGAAAAUUAUGAUGAUGCCAUUGUUAGGCGAAGGAAUUUGCAUGGCGAAUUUAUCUGAUGUGCAAGUUCUUGCUAACGUCGUAGGUAGUCGUUACUUAAGGAAAGGUAAUGAACAUUUGAAGAUUGAUGAUGUAAAAAUUAGAUACAACAUUGGAGAUACAAAAAUCCAUUUGGAUAAUCUCUUUAAUGGAGAUAAUACUUUGGGCGAGAAAAUGAAUGACUUUUUAAAUGAAAACUGGCGAUCAGUGUCUGAAGAAAUGCGACCAAUUAUGGAGGAUGCAAUGGCUGAGGUAUUGCGACAGACUACAGAAAAACUUUUUCAAAUUUAUACUUAUGAUCAGUUGUUACCAGCGUAG